AUGGUUCGUAAUCUGCGUGCAAAUGUUAUCGAUUGUGAAAUUCUUACUGGUAUUCGUAGAGGUGAUCGUGUCAUAAUUCCGAGAGUGUCCCUCUGUCCAAAUGAUACAAAUCUACCCUUUCAAAUUAAACGCACCCAGUUUCCUUUAAGACUGUCUUACGCACUGACUAUAAAUAAGAGUCAGGGCCAAACUUUUGAGAAAGUUGGUAUAUUUUUACGUAGACCUUGCUUUAGUCAUGGCCAACUUUAUGUUGCAUUUUCACGUGCUCGGUCAUUCCAAGCAGUAAAGGUACAGAUUGUUAAUACUUUUAAGCAAGGUUAUGUAGGAGAUAGGUGGGGUGCGAAAUCCAAUGGCUUACCUUCUCGAGGUGCACCCCGUUACGUCAAUUUUAGCUGGAUUUAUAAAUAA